AUGGAUAAACAUGCACUCAAGAGAAGAAACAGACUGCUUAAAAAGAAUGAAGCUCGGAUGAACCUUCUGCUGGGGAAGUCCGAAGAGGGCGAUAUAGAGAAGGACACGGAGGGAAAAAAGAAAGCGGUCGACUUGAAACCAAAACGGAAUGAAGUAAAGAAAGAGGAGGGACACGAUGGAGGGGAGAAGAAGAAACAAUCUCCCACGGGGAAAAACGACACUUCGGAAAUGGACCCAAUGGCAUCACCGAGUAGUUCCCCAGGACAGGCUAGCACCGUCGAUCCGGAUCAACACACGGACGAUAAUUCCAACCAAAAGGGGGGAGACCCUACGAGUGGACAUGACCAAACCCGGGAGGGGAAGCAAAAAUCUGACGCAGAAACGAGCCAAAAGGAUAGUCAAAAGGGGACCCAAAAGGGGAUCCAAAAGGGUGAAAUAAAAAAUCGAGCAAAAAAAAAACGAAUAAGCAAUCACGCAGGUGAUAAAUCAGAUAGCGACCGAGACCGAGAGGGGUAUACCAAUGCGGAUGAUGUCAAUAACCCCAGUGAAAGCAACAGCUGCAAAUCAGAGGAGGGGAAAGUUAAAGAGGAAGCCCCAAUUGGAACCCCCCAAUAUAAGGUGUCCCUCCGCAGACUGGCCGAAUUUGCAUCCCUCAUAUUUCUCGCCACAGUUGUAAGCAUCGUGAAAAUAAAAUAUUGUGACUACAAUCCAUUGCCGAUGAGCAUAGAGCCCAUGCGAAAGAAAAAAAAACUCCAACGUUUCAUCAGCUCCAAGUUUGUUUUUUUUUUCCUCUCCCUUUUUUACAACAUGACAUUUUCGCUAAUUGAUGUGUAUGCCCAUUUUGUAAAACAAAACAUGAGUCAGAAGGAUCUCUGGAAGUAUCUACAGAACCUACGAGAAAGGCUGACUAGCCAAUCUGAAUCCCUUUUGCUUCUCAUAAAUAAUGGCACGACGGUUGCUUUUUUUUUUGUGAGUCUCGUAAAAACAUACUUGCUGUUAAUGUUUUUAACUCAUUUGUUUGAUGACCUUUUGUAUAACUUCACCGCUCGCAAGACUUGGCCCAAAAAUUAUGCCCAUAAAAAAAAGUAUGAACUAUUGACGUAA